CAUGCGUAAAAUGGCGAACUUACUCGAUGCAUCCGACGACGACGAACUCGCAAACAGCGGCUUCGAAAGGAUGCAAAAAGCGGUCGCCAUUGAUGGUUACCGCGAUGGAGUUAUAGACGGGAAAGAAUCGACAGUCCAAGCAGGAUUUAACGAAGGCUUUUCGUGUGCAGCAAGUUUGGCUUUUAAACUUCAAAGAUGGAGAGGAAUGGCAAGUGGAAUACUGGCAUCUCGGUGUUCAACAAAUACUGAGCUACAGAGACUCUGCAAAGAUGUACUCCGUCGUGUUGAUGCUCUCAGGUCAUUAGACAUUCACACUAGCGAGCAAUCGACUGACACAAAGGGCACAACAGUAACUGGCCAUCGAAAUGUGCACAAGCAAAUCAAUGAACACGAUGGUGCAUCAUCAUUUUGUGACUCAGUGCCACCCAUUUCGGACACAUUACAUCUAUUGAGAUUUCAUAGUCAGCGUGACAUGCUGGAUGCGAUAGAAGUAGAUAGGAGGGAAGAAGUGAUACAACUCAUGGAAAUAAUUUCACAAAUCACUAGACAAUUGGAUGCUAUAUUGAUCGAAUCGCACACUACAGCAUUGUGA